GUAAGGUUUCUUAAAGACUUGUCUUUAUUUGAAAAUUUUUCAGCUGAGAUACGAUGGUGUUAUGUGAUCGAUUACUGUCACAUAUCCUCGCUUUAAGCGAAUUCUUUUUCGUUUUUACAUAUUGCCAGGAUUACUUAAGUGAUUUCAAUGUGAAGAAAAGCGAUUGCAGUACAAAGAAUACAACGACACAAUUUCCCAAACUAAUACAAUUACAAGAUACGGAAAUCAAUAAAAACGCUUAUGAAAGCGAUCAUUCCGAAGCAGAGCGGAACAUAAAAUCGAAUGAAACUGAACUCUUGGAUUUAAUACUGCAAGCCUCAGCCAGAGAAGGUCUUCAAGCGAUGAGAACUUUAUAUUAUGUUACAGAGCCGGAACUAAUUCGAAACGAGCAACUGUUACAGGAUAAUCAUCCAGCCGCUCUUCUAUCAAAAUUUAGUAAUCCCGAAGAAAAUACUACACGACAAGAAAUGGCUGCAUUUGCAAUGCUAUCGGCAGCCAAAGCCUUUCGUAGAAAUAACUUUUUAAGUAUUAACUUAGCGCGCAAAGCUCAUAGCCAAAAGAUUUCCCUAAGACAUACCGAGUUGGAAGUGAUGUGCCGACCCAGAGAAAUUCCGCUUUGCCCUAUCUCAUCGAAACGGUAUCGCACUCACGACGGGACUUGUAACAACCAAGAUCGACAAAGAUGGGGAGCCGCAUUAAUGCCUUUUCAUCGUCUACUUCCCCCCGAGUAUGGAGAUGGAGUCGAUUCGAUUCGGAAUGCUGCAGAUGGUGGACCAUUACCAUCGUCACGUUUUAUUAGUUUAUUAGUGCAUGGUGCUCGGGAGGGUGAGGCAUCGUUUACAUUAAUGCUAGCUCAGUGGGGACAAUUGUUGGAUCAUGACAUGACAUCAACAGCUCAACCCAGACCGAUUAACGGUUCAAUACCAAGCUGUUGUGGCGGCAAAAAUUUUCAUCCUUCUUGUUUCCCCAUCAAAGUUCCAUUCGAUGAUCCGUGGUUGUCGCCUCUUAAAAUCCGAUGCUUGGAAUUUUUGCGUUCAGCACCAGCACAACGGGCAGACUGCGAGCUGUCAUGGAGAGAGCAAACUAAUCAAGCCUCCUCUUUUAUAGAUGCUUCACCAAUAUACUCGAGCAGUAUUAAAGCUUCUAAUAGUGCUCGCACGUUUCAUAAUGGUUUAUUGAUUUUUGGCAAUAAUAACUCAUUUAAUGAUGUCUGUCAGCGAGGUGCUCUUGCUCCGCAUUGCAUACGCGCAGGUGAUGCUCGGAGUAGUGAACAGCCUGGCCUGCUGGCACUUCAUCAUGUUUGGGUUGGUGAACACAAUCGAAUUGCUUUAGAAUUAAGCAAAUUAAAUCGUCAUUGGAGUGAUGAAAAAGUAUUUCAAGAGACGCGACGAAUAAUCGGCGCUAUGUUUCAACAUAUAACCUACAAUGAGUUUCUUCCCGCGAUCCUGGGUCGAAAAAUUCUCAAGUUAUUUGACUUGGAAUUGUUGCAGUCAGGUUACUAUCAUGGCUACGAUCCGGACAUAAAUCCAACAAUAGCAAAUGAAUUUUCUGCGGCCGCUUUUCGAUUUGGUCAUUCUUUAGUACAAAACUCCUACAUACGUUGCGACCGUUUUCAUAACGUUAUCAAUAUUAACGUAACCCUACACGAAGAGUUUCAAAGGGGAGAUAUUGGAACUGCGGGAUCUUUGCAUCGCCUUUUAAGGGGAAUGUCUAAUCAAAAAAGUUUGAAACGUGACGAAUUCAUUACACCAGAAUUGACAAACCAUUUAUUUCAAACGCCUGGUUUUCCUUUUGGUUUGGACCUGGCUGCAAUAAAUAUACAAAGAGGUCGCGACCAUGGCUUACCCCCGUAUACACGAUGGCGAAUUCCUUGUGGUCUCUCCCCCAUCAACAAUUGGGACGAUUUUGUCAUCAGUGCCGGUCCGGAAUCAGCCCAACGAAUCGGACAUGCUUAUCGCAGCGUACAUGACAUUGAUUUGUUCGUGGGUGGAAUAGCCGAAAGACCUGUUAGCGGCGCUCUAGUUGGACCUACCUUCGCAUGCAUAAUCGCUCAACAAUUUCAUAAUACGCGAAAAGGUGACCGGUUUUGGUACGAAAAUGGUAACUUUGAAAGUUCUUUUACGCCAUCUCAGUUGCAGUCCUUAAGACGUGUAUUGUUAGCAAACAUUCUUUGCCGAGCUGUUGGCAGUGGAACCUUUCAACCACAAAUCUUCUUACCUCCUAAUCUCACUAAUAAUGUACGACUUUCAUGCGAUUUCGGACCAUUGGCGAUUAUCGAUUUAAGCCCCUGGUUAGAAUUAGAUCCUUUCUUACCUCAAGCCCCGACACUAUCACAACUAUCAUCCGAAUUUGCUGAAGAAGUUCCAGAGCGCAUAUUUAAUAUAAUACCUCAGCAAUUUCAAGGUCAAUUACCGCUUAGGGAUAAUAAAAAUCCCAUUAAAAAAGGCAAUAUAUCAAAAGUCAGAGUAAAUUCGACCACAUUAUUUGAACAAAUUAUUAAUAAUGAAUCCAAAAUAAACGACAAAUUAGACUUUGAACGUAGAAUGUUAUUGUCAUCCGAAGGACGCCAUAAAUUAAACAGCAAUGAUACUUUUCAGCUAUCUAUAGCGAAGAGUUCAACCAGUUCAUAUAGCAUUUCCGAUGAUCUUAAAAACGUUGCAACGGCAUUCGUUAAGUCCAAGUUCAUUCCCGAGCAAAGCAUUGACGAUGGGGAACCAGCAUCUAAAACAUACACUACCAAUUUCACAGAAAAUAGCCCGAUUGUUCAUGGGAGAGAGAAAACGUCAAAGUUUGAAAUCUCGCACGACAAUCCGGUAACUAUUAAGAAUAUAGCGGCUUCAUCGUGCGAGGUAGAAAAUACAUGUUCGAUAGCGCUGCGAAGUGCCAACAACGACAUCCUUAGUCAACAAAUUUAUAAAAAGAUCAAAAAUGCAAAGGAUUCUACUAAAAAAUUUAUUGAGGAAGAUACAACCGAUGUAUUUGUGAAUAAAGGAAAUGACGUCCAAGUAAUUGAAUCCAUAAAGGUGAACGAGAGUCUGCAAAGUGUCAAUAUAUUAAAUAAAACUAAAGAAUUUGAGAGAGAGUUAGGAUUUAUUUUAUCCGCAAAUUCUACACAAGUUUCGCAUGACUCCAAGGAUCAUAAUAAAUUGCUUAUGAUUACUAAAUCUAAUCCUGAUCCUGAAACGCAUCGUAAGCCCAAAUCGAAAGAACAAGCAAAAGAUAAAAUCAUUAAAAUGCCUUUACCUACAAAUUCCAUCAACACUACCUUAAUGUCGAGUAGCACAGUUUCGCAUUUUUCGAAUAUUCGAAAAGCAACCCUUGAAGGACAAAACGAUUAUUUAAGAUCCUACGGAGGAACUGUGGACAGCGCGGCUGAUAAAGGAAAAGAAUACGAGAUACAAAUUAGUAUAAGACAAAAAGAGAAAAAUCGAAUACCUAUAAAAACUAGUCAAUAUGAUGAUCGCUCGACUAUUUAUCAAACGAAUCGAAAUGACAAUUAUGCUUUAAGCUAUGUUAAGCGAAUAACAACAUACGCAACAUUUUUCCCUCCCGUAACAACCGAACAGUUAACCAACGUACAAAGUUCAUUCACAAAACCCCCAAUAAUAUUAAUUGUUGACGAAGGCAUUCAUAGAACUACACCCCAGACCCCAGCCAUAUUCCAAAAUAUUGCAAAUUGGAAUUCGGAGAAACAUAAUUCUGUUUCCUCAUUUAGCAAUAAGCCUGAUAAAGACUAUAUUUACAAUGGAUUUAUUUCAAAUUCCGCGCCAUUUAGCACUUCCAGUCACAUGCAAACAUCGGGAGACAUUGUUUUAAGUGAGACAGAAGAUAUUGAUAGAUUUUCAUCGGCAAACUCUAAUGAGAAUACUAUCUUCAGUUUUAAUUUGAAAGUAAAUUCUGACAGCGGCCAACUGCCAAGACCUAUAGACACGCAAAAGUACGGCUAUGGUUCGACUCUUAAAGCUUGGCAAACCCCAGCGCCAAUACAGACAUCGAAUUCCAAUUUAAAAUUGCCGCCUCAACAUCAUCAUGCUUCGAGUCCGUAUUCAUCAUCGAGUUCUCAAGUAACCUAUUUUAAGGAUAAGAUAAUUAGAUCUCAAAGUAAAAACGAUCUUCGAUCUUCUAAUCAAAACUCAUUCAAUUCAAACAAAUCGCCACAAUUAUUUAAAAAGCUUUCAAUUAAAAAGCCGAAGAAGCAGAGCGUGUUCUUGUGUUCUCCACAAAUGGACCGCAACAACAGUAACUACUCCGAACUAUCGAUAUCGUCUUCGGAUGAAGAUGAGGAGUUGGAUGAAUUUUCAAUGAGCGACAGCACUGAUAUCGAAUACGAGAGUGAGAAACAAUCUAUGCAACCUACAACGAUGAGUAACCCUUUCUGCUUAAGGGGAGAGAAACCGAGAGUGGAAUUGGACAAAAAGCAACAAACCAAUAUAGUGCAAAAACUUAUUAAUAGAGAAUAUUCAGGGAAACCAUUGUUUUACCAUCGAAACGAACGGCCAUUUUAUAAUGCGGUGCCAAAUAGAUUAUCGUUUUGUCUUAAGUAUUUAGUACCUUCUCAAUUCUUGGAUGGGCAAGUUUUUAUGGGUCUCACCCUUUGCGGUCAAUUUCUAAUUAGCUACAGUGUAUGUUGCAAUGAUAACGCGACAACGAAUCCCUAUUCCCUCGCAAUGGGUUACAAAUAUACUCUACAUUUUUGGAUUUAUCAACCCUUCAAAUCGCUACGUAGUUUCUAUAAAUGUUGUUUAUUUGAUGACCAUGGAGUUGAUAAUAUGAAGAAUGUUAGCAUUAUUCAAUGGAAAUGCGCUGAUCCUCGGAUCUUAAUAGUGCAUGGUGCAUCGGAAGAUGAGAAUGAAGAAUCUUAUAUAACCUAUGUUAAAGUUCCUAAAUUGGGCUGUUUAGACUGCAUGAAACUCAGAGGUUCCGAGGAGGAAGUUUUUGGUCGACACGCGUUGUGCCUCAAAUGUAAUUUAACCGUGCAUACGAAAUACUCCACAACUGAAUCAGAUCUUAAAUUUAAUCCAUAUACGCAUCUUUUGUGCCCGGAACGUAUAUUAAUAAUAUCAAAUGGCUUCUUUCAUAUGCUGCACAUUGGUAUGGACGUGGCGAAUCAACAACGGCAGCAGCAAUGUGCUCAAGACCAGACAACGAAUAACCAAAACUCCAUGACAACUUUAGUUUUAAGACCUUUGAUGGAAAUUGGCCAAGACACAUUUAGUCAAGAAGGAAUGACGGCUCCACAACUUAGCGAUGGUACGAGUGAUCAACAAUAUUUUGCAUCUGACAGAAAUGGAAGUGAAGGAAACAAUCAAAAAAUGAAUGAAUCUGUGGGCAACGUCAAGAGUAAUAUAGCCAGCAUUCAAAGCAUUAUUGAUGAUUUCGCUGAUUUCGAAAGCGAUUCCGUUCCCUCUGGUAGUGAUGUCGCAAGGUGUUCAUCGCAACAAAGCAUUCAAUCAGAUCCGCGAAGUUCACCAUUAUCCAUAACGAAAAAUUCUUGUGAAGAAUUGAUUUUAAGUUGUAGUCCGAUCACAUCUAGUCGUAGUAAUGUUAAUUCCGGGACGGUGAACAGUUCCUCCAUUUCUUCAAAGAUCAAUAAUAGUCCUAAAAAUAAUAGCAAUAAAGCACAACGUAACCCUUCGCAACGGCAUCGCAUUGUUACGGUAAAGCCGUUCCGUCGGGGCGUUUAUAAUUUUUUUUCCAAUAUAUCAAAUCCUUCGACAUCCAUAAUAUCCGCACAAGCAACGAAUAGUACAAAUAAUGAUAGAGCUGCUACUUAUGAAUUUUCGGAAGACAAUGAAAAAUGUGAAAAAAUCUCGAUUCUACGUAAGAGACGAUUAGCUGAACGAAAAUACGAAUUUUCUGAAGAUAAUUCGGAAAAUAUUAUACCAUUCACUAAAAUACGUACAUCUAGCAGUUUCAACUCUUUAUUUAGUACAGCUAAUACCGAUAAUAAUUCAUCUCGACGCAAUCAAAAUGUAAAUCAUCUGCCUAAUAAUUCAGCCUAUGUCUCACCCACUUCUUCACCGCAUCCUUAUAACUCGAGCACACCGCCUGGCGUACAGUACGAAAUGGCUCGGCAUUGCACUCCACCAGCUGCCUUGUCACCUUUACAUCAUACAUGCACAUCUCCGUUAAGCUUCAGAUCACCUCCAUAUACAUCUAUAAUGCGUUCACCCAGUCGUCACUUAACAACUGCAAAUAUUUAUUGCAAUCAAAGAUCACCGCAGCAAACCGCUGUAACUCCUGCAGCUCAAUAUGUAUUAAAUUUUAAAUCUCCUGGUGUCAUGUCUCCCCUCCCUUUACCCAUUAGUAAACGGUCACAUUUGGACGUUAUGACAGGCUCCGUAUCACCAAAUAAUCAGCUAUCAUUUUUGUCGCCACGCAGGGAAGAACUAAGGAUAGUCGAAGUGCCGCUGCAUGGAGGCAUGUCUGAAAAACCUGUGUGUACUAAAAAAUUUCAAAGACGCUAUGUGGAUGAAGACGACGCUGCUUCAGUUAUAACAAGCGAAGAAGAUGAUUGUAUAUCCCCUGGCUAUCAUACGCUGCUUCCCUUGGAAGUACAUGGCUCUUGUUAUUCGGAAAUGCAAAUGAUAUCAAAAGCUUCUUAUCAGCAAUUAUGUUGCACUAGCGUAAUUAUAGAACAGCAUUCCUUUGAUAUAGAAACCUUCACCUACUAUGUUAUUAGUACACUUUGUCAAAAGAAUCAAAAAAUCUAUGAUUUUUUUCAUGACUGGGCAUACGAGAUGAUAAACAUAUGUCCUUUAACUUGUACGGUCUUCUGCUUGUUGAUGGCCCAAUUUUCUUGCCGUGAAGAAGUUACCUCUUGUCAGAAUUGUUCUCGUAAAUUGAAUUGUGCUUUCCAUGUGAAAAAAUAUGAAUGUCGAGUUCUCUUCGCUUGGAAUAUGGUCUCUGGUGAUUGGGAAGUUUUGGAUUUUGGCGAAUUAUAUGAGCACAAAUUAUCAGAUAAGCUUCCUUCGCUCGACAAUGAGAAUCGCAACAAACACAGUCCUCAACCAUCUUCAUCUCUAAGUCAAAAGGCUAAAACACUGGCUCGUGAAAUGUCCCAUACUUUAAGUAAAUUGCCCGAUUACACGUAUAAUUUACGAGUUUUAGAUUCGAAUAUCAAAAAAUCGAAAAAGUCGAUAACAGAUUAUGAUAAUAUGAUUGAAUUUCAUCAAAAAAGAAGAACGCGUUCAAGGAAUUAAAUUUUAUUGUUUAUUUCCUUUCAGUCUUGGCCUAAAGCUACUACUACUAAUGAUAUCAACGCAAAAUUUUUUUUGAUUUGAUCUUAUCUCCUUUCAACUUUUAUUCGAAUUCUUUUGUUUUUUUCAUUCCAACAAGGCGCCUUCCUUCUUUAUUUUGAAACUAUUCCGCUUUUUGAUUUUAGUUUCUCAUAAAAUAUUUUGUAAUUGAAAUAAAUGCAAUGAGUGAGAUAUUAAAGAUUAAUCUUAAAUGUUUUUUUAUUUUUAUGAAGCGGACGCAUGCCUAACUGAAAUUAGUAGAGAGAUAUGGAAAAAAAAAUAAAAAAAGAGAAUCGAUGCGAUAUCUAAAUUUGAUUUAUGGGGCCUUGACUAAGCACUUGUUUGAUUUUAUAUAUCUCAACCAUUUUUAUUUAAAUAUUUGGCUAAAAGAAUAUAAAGAAAUCCGUAUUAACCUCAACAAAAUAAAGCGUUACAUUUUUCCUUUUGUCUUGUCGGCUUUUUUUGCCCAUUAAUUGUCUAUAUUUUUUAUCAUUAUUUUUGUGAAUUUUUUUUCUUUUUAUAUUAAAAUUUUGUUAUUGUUAGCUAAAAAUAUGCUGCCUUAGAUCUUUUAUUUCUCUUUUGAUUUUAUCUCGCCUCAAGAGCUGUUCAUUGCCUUAAGACGAAGUUUCAUCAUCAUGAAGAAACCAAGGGACUGCGAUAAACAUCUUCAUUUCAAUUAAGACAACCAGAGUUAAUAACUUUUAUAUAUAUAUAUAUGUA